GCGCCGCUCCGCCCCAGCGCCGCGGGGCCGAGCGGGCGGCGGCGCGAGCGGCAGCGGCAGCGGCCGGGGCGGUCCGCGCCUGCGGAGACGGCAGGGUCGCAGAGCCGCGCCGCGCCGCGCCAUGGGGCUGGAGAAGGAGAAGGCGGACACGCGCAUUUUCAUGGACGACGACAACUUCACCCGCGCCGGCGGCCCCGCGCUGUCGGACGCGGAGAAGAGCGCGGAGGACGACUCGGAGAGGGACCCCAACGGCCUCAACACCCACCUCAAGCUGGGGUUUGAGGAUGUGAUUGCGGAGCCGGAAUUAACUCACUCCUUCGACAAAGUCUGGAUCUGCAGCCACGCUCUCUUUGAACUCAGCAAGUACCUGAUCUACAAGCUGGUGACUCUGGUCCUCGCCAUACCACUGGCCCUGCUUGCCGGGAUUAUCUUCGCAGUGCUUAGCUGCGUGCACAUCUGGAUUGUGGUGCCCUUCGUGAAAACCUGUCUCAUGGUGUUGCCGUCAGUGCAAACUGUGUGGAAGAGCCUGACAAAUGUUUUCAUUGUACCAUUUUUUCAAAGCAUAGGCCGAUGCUUUGCCAUGGUUAACAUACGCCUGGAUCGAGAGUAACUGUCAGGGAUGCAACAAUUGUAAUUGUAUGUGGUCGCAGAAGGUGUUAUACCUCUUUGCUCGUGUAACAUGCAGGCACUUACCAUUCAUUCCAAACUGUCACAAUUACAAUGGCUGGUUUAAGUGGGAACAUACUAUUUUUCAUUUAUUUUCAGGGAUCAAUUUAAGAUAAAGUAGGCGGUUUUACUAUCUCACUAUUUUAACAACAGAACCAACGUGGGAUACAUUGGCAACACUUUCUUUUAAUGGCACAAUGACUGUUAGAUUACAGAAGAAUUCUCAUGGAGGUUUAAUAGCCAUCACAGUGAUAAUGUUUUAAAUUGCUAUGACUGGUGUUUUUACUAUAAAUAGUUAAAUUGGUAGGAUGUGAUACUUUGGGUGACACUGAUCUCUAGCAUUUCGCAUUGACUUUUGGAUUCCACCAGAGAUCAUUCUGGCCCUCAUCAUGAUAUACUCCAUUAUUAUUUGCAGCAGGUAAAAUGAAUAUGACUCAUUGCAUGCAGCAUACAGAGAAGAGAACUGUUGUGUAAUUCUACCAUACUGGGCAAAAGCUUCCCAGAAGUUUAUCCAUUAAAAUAAGGUGUUAGCUAAUGAUUGGAACAUCAACUAAUCUGUAUAUUUUAUUUAAUGAGAGGUUAACUUUGCUGUAUAUUUUGUACGUAUGUAAAUGGCACUUGAUCAUUAUUCUCUGAAGCAUUAUUUCUAUAGUAUUUGUAUUCUAACAAACUUACUAGGCAGAAAGAGUGAGACUGCAAAAAAUAGAUAACUAAAAAUUAGAUAAAUAAAAUUUCAGUUUCUAAAUUAUGCAGAUUUUUGAAGUGUUGCUGUGCAAUUCUAGUAUAUCCUUUAUAUAUAGUUGUGUGUAAAAGCAAAGAUUGUGAGUGUUUUCUCACAAGACUAUGCAAAAGACUUGGAAAUAUCUGUUUAUGAGAAUUGUUUUUUAUUAAAAAUGGGCUGCAGUAAAUGCAACCCUGCCUAUUUCUGUGCAUUAUCAGCAACAUUGUGAUAUGUAAAAUGGUAGACACUAUGCAGGCACUUUAACUAGCUGGAAGCUCUUAUAUAAGGCACAUGAGUGUAAUUGGUAUCCUUGCCUAAUUCUCCUCUCCUAUUGACCUGACUCUCCGUUUUGCUUAUUUACUACUUUAAAGCCUAACCCAUAAAGAGCCCUUCUUCCUUCUGCACCUAAUAGAGCUUUGUAAACCAGAGUAACAGAACAUAUGCAGAGGUACAUUAAAAUUACAUUAGCCUUCUGAUGGGUUUAUGCUGCUGUUUUAUUUAAAUACUGAUGAUAAGCUGCAAUUGUAAAAUGUUUGUGUGAUUUAGUAUGUUGCUUUCUAGAAUGAUGUCACAGAUUUCUUAUGAAACAAGAGGUAUAUAAUAAAAUAAUAAAAUGUCA